CUGACACACGCGCACACACCCUCACGCACGCAGCGAGUGGGGAUUAAACAGUGUGUAUUUGACCCGAAGACACUCGGUGCUUUCAGAGGACACAGACAGCAGCCGAGGAACUACACCCUGAGAUGACUUGCAAAGGCCCAGUGUUGACUGAGCCACAGCAAGAUUUUCCAACCAUGGAUCAGUUUCUGGAAGAAGAGUUGUGAAUCUGAAGACCAGAGAUGAUGAAUCGCUACACCACACUGAGGCAACUGGGGGAUGGAACCUAUGGCAGUGUGGUCAUGGGGAGAAGCAACGAGUCCGGAGAACUGGUGGCUAUCAAGAGGAUGAAGAGGAAGUUUUAUUCAUGGGAGGAAUGCAUGAACCUAAGAGAAGUGAAGUCACUGAAGAAGCUGAACCAUGCAAAUGUGGUGAAACUGAAGGAGGUCAUCAGAGAGAACGAUCACCUUUACUUUGUGUUUGAGUACAUGAAGGAGAACCUCUACCAGCUUAUGAAGGACAGAGAGAAUAAGAUGUUCUCAGAGAAUGAAAUUAGGAACAUGAUGUUUCAAGUGCUGUCUGGGCUGGUAUUUGUACAUAAGCAUGGCUUCUUCCAUCGAGACAUGAAGCCGGAGAAUCUGCUGUGCAUGGGUCCAGAACUGGUCAAAAUAGCAGAUUUUGGACUGGCCAGAGAGAUCCGCUCCAAACCUCCCUACACAGACUACGUAUCAACCAGAUGGUAUCGUGCUCCAGAGGUCCUGCUCAGGUCGUCUACCUACAGCUCUCCUAUUGACCUGUGGGCUGUGGGCUGCAUCAUGGCUGAACUCUACACACUCAGGCCUCUUUUCCCGGGGAACAGUGAAGUGGAUGAGAUCUUUAAGAUUUGCCAGGUGCUGGGCACCGUCAAAAAGAUGGAUUGGUCAGAGGGCUACCAACUAGCUUCUGCGAUGAACUUCCGCUUCCCCCAGUGUGUGCCCACCCACCUCAAGACCCUGAUACCCAACGCCAGCAAUGAGGCCAUCGCCCUGAUGAGGGACAUGCUGCAGUGGGACCCCAAGAAGAGACCCACUGCCGUGCAGGCCCUGCGUUACCCGUACUUCCAGGUAGGCCAAGUGUUGGGGCCUCGUCCUCAAAGCCAGGAGGUAAAAAAAGUCCAGGCCAGGCCACCGGCCCAGAAGCAGACCUCCGAGACCAAGACUGAUCACCAGCAGUCUUCCUCCGAGUCCAAAGGCUCCACACCCUCAAUUAAAAAUCAUCAUCAUCAUCAUCAGCCUCUUCAGCAGAUCCCUCUGCCUCAAGCCGAGAGUAAACCAGGAGCUGUCAGCCAUGCAAAAGCAUCGCAGGGCAGUGAAAACAGCGCUGGGGGUGGCGGGAUGGCGGGGCUGAGGAGCAGUCGCCGACGCUGGGGCCAGACUGUGGCCAAGACCUUGGAUAGCUGGGAGGAAACUGACCAGUUAGAAAACACAGCCUCCAACUCCAAGAAACCAAGUCUGGGAAACGCAGAGGAGGAGAGGAGCUCGAAGGAGCACCACUCACAGCCCAAGGAGCAGAAACCUCUGUAUUCCUUCAGCACAGUCACUAAGCUGCCCAACAAUGUGAAGGUCGGCCAGGUGGACAACAGUCUCCCAGGAUCUGCAGCACGGCAGCACUACCUCAGCCAGUCACGGUAUCUGCCUGGUUUGAUUGGCAAAAGUCAGACGACCUCCUCGGGCGAUAAGGAGAUGAGCGCCAUGACGCUGCGGGAUCUGUGGGAGACGUCCUCUGGCACUGUGAACAAACCACUGGCUCCCAUUGGAGGAGGACUAUCCGUCACCAGAACCAAUGCAGAAGAGAGUUCCUCUAAGUCUGUGGAUAGCCCACAAGAGAAAACUGUUGUCAAAGAAAGAAUACUGGAGAAAAUUGAUCUCUCCAAAGGGAACUUUGUAAGCACCAAGUACAACCUCUCAGGCGGUUACAUCCCUUCAUUCCAAAAGAAAGAGGUGGGCUCAGUGGGGCAGAGAAUCCAACUUGCUCCUUUGGCUGGGCAGCACGCAAUCAAUCUCUCUUCCUCUCCUGAUAAUAAAAAAGACAAAGGUAUAGCUGCAAAGCCCAAGCCCACAUCUAACUCAUCUUUGAGCGAAACCAAUGAAGAUUACGACGGCUGGAAGAGGAGGACGGACGGCUCUCAGGUGAAGGGGAGCAGCUACUCAGCUCUGGGGAAAACCUCUGGGAGCCUCCUGACCAGAGCCCCUGCAGUACAGCCCGUCCACGGGAGAAUGGACUGGACAUCCAAGUAUGGCGGAAAUCGGUAGUUGUGGGGAAACAGGGUAGCAACAACCUCUGCUUGUUGGCCGGCGUUGCCAUGUGUACACAACUUUGAACAUUUUGAAAAUGAAAACGAGCAGAUUUGACCUUUUUUAAGUUCAAAUCUGGAGGAAGUGUGAUCAUUUUGUAGAGAGACAUUUUUCAUCAGGCAAGAUCCACUACACUUAUGCUCAGUCUGUAUAUUGUGGAGAUGAAUAUUGCCAUGAACCAAGACUGAUCCUGUCUGCAAGACAAUCCCUCUGUUUCCCUGGAGGAUUCAGUGUGAGCCAAUUCUACUGUUAGCAGGUGGAUGUUCUUAGUAGGAUCUAAAUGUUGCAUUGCUUUUUUAAAUAGUUUUUAAAUUGUCAAGUAUUGUUUCACAUGGACAAAGUGUUAACAGCCUUCUAUCAACUGUUAAUGCUGCAUUCGCUCUGCUUUUAUCCACCAUAGUGUAGUCUCAGUGUAAUGGCUAAAAGGCCAACAUCAACUUACUCUUAAUAUUAUGAGGUGACUUCAAACAUCUUUAUGUUAUGCAAAGCAUAAACGGACAAUUUUGUAAGCAUUUUAUACAAAUAAAUAUUUGAAAGUUCA